CAGAUCUUGUCACCUUCAAGAGACUCAUAUUCAACUUCACCCAGCAUUUCCCCACCUCCACCCACAGACACAUCCUGGAUCUGGUCUGCGCCUCUGGUCUUACGCUCCAGUCACAUCCUCUAUAUCGGCGUACUGUUGGACACACACGUCUUCCAGCAGCCAGUGAGACGAGAUGAGGACCUUCCACACAUCAUGACAUUAUGACUGGAGGCCACACCGUACGAAGAUCACCAUCACCGGGGUGCGACGAUAAGUAGAGCGGCCUCAUCAUGUGCGCUCUGGAGAUGGAGAUGACCAAGCGCGGCAUGCAAGUCAACUCCAAGGUGGAUUGUGGGAUCAACAGAAACGGCGGAGACACUGCAGAGGUGUCCGUGCCAGUGUCUCUUCCAGUGAAGAAGUCAGCUCACAUGGAGGGAGACGACUUGUACAGACUGCGGGGCAGAAAGUUCUUGUUGGAGGACAAAAAGCGGCUGUGCGCGCUGGCUUUGGGUGCAGCUCUGUUCGGAAUACUGCUCAUGAUCAUCCAUACUGAGAUGUGCCCCUUCCUCUAUACACCGGGCUCAACCAUUGCCUUAUUCAUCAACUGUUCCAUCAGUCUGUCUACUGGGUGUCUCCUCAUCUUAAUCAUAGCGUUCCAUUAUAAGGACAUCAGGCUUUUCAUCAUAGACCACAACCAGGUGGACUGGCGCAUUGCUAUGACCAGCCACAGGGUUUUUGUCAUCACGCUUGAGCUAUUGGUCUGUGCUAUCCAUCCCGUCGGCACCUACUGGGAGGUGUGCCUUCACUGCAACUCCUCUUCCUCAUCUCCACUGUGUGAUUCUGACCAUCAGAAUAAGACCUUGGUGGAUUUGGAGCUGCUGCUGUCAGUGCUGAUGUUCCUGCGCUUGUACCUGGUGCACAGAGCCGUCUUGCUGCACAGCAAAGUGCUGCUGAGCGCCUCCUAUAGGAGCAUCGGAUCGCUCAACAAUAUCAACUUUACCUUCCGCUUCGUACUCAAGGUACUGAUGAACAAGUACCCUGCACGCACCCUGCUCGUCUUCAUCCUCUUCUUCUGGCUCACAGCAUCCUGGAUGCUGACACUAUGUGAGAGGCAGACACAAGGGUCGACCGAUCACAUGGAAACAGCCUUGUGGCUCAUCGCCAUCACCUUCCUCACGGUGGGCUACGGCGACGUGGCACCCCACACUCGCUGUGGGAAGUCGGUGUGUCUCUUCACUGGAGUCAUGGGUGUAGCCUGCACCGCCAUGCUGGUAGCCGUGGUAACCAAGAAGCUGGCAUUGAAUAAAGGAGAGAAGCAUGUGCACUUUUUCAUGCUGGACAUCCAGAUUUCCAAAGGGAUCCGCCAUGCUGCUGCUAAUGUGCUGCGUGAGUGCUGGCUGCUGCACCGGGCCAACUUGACAAAGGGAACCCGUGGAGAACACCGUAGACACCAGAGAUGUCUUCUGGAGGCCAUCCGAGUAUUUCGUCACCUGCGCCUCAAACAGAGAAAACUGCGAGAUUAUGUCAGCGAGAUGGUGGACCUGCCAAAGAUGCAGAUGAUCAUGUGUGACCUCAGCGCCAAUUGGAAUAACUCUUAUCGGGAGCUGGAGCAGCGUAUCCUCUCCAUGGAGCAGAAGCUUGAAGAGCUGAGUCGCUGCUUCCAACAAACCUCGCAGCUGCUGUCUCAGGUCUUACGUCACCGCAACCCGGAGAUCAGGUGACACCGCCACACACUCUUCAAAAAGUACCUGCAGCGCUUUCGUCCAUCAGUAUCUAGAGGCGGUGAGCUACGUCAAGAUGCUUCCACCAUUUGGAGGACCAGUUCCUUGGAGCUCAUCUUGGGCGUCCAGCACCAAUCAUGAUUGUGCAGUCAGACCAAAGAGCUUGUCGAAGGACCACAGUGCAACAACUCAUGGACAGCUUUUUAAUAUACGCUGUCAAGCUUCAGGGCUUGCACUAUUAGUAUUUAAACACUUUUCCUCAAUCAGUGCCUUAUUCCUGGGGAAUAAGAUGUUUUAUUUGAAGCUUCUUGCAAUAUUUACUCCAUAUAAGUAAACUCUCUAGUUUAAUGAAAGCUCGGUAGUGGCUUAUUGUCACAGUAUGAAUCACUCCUCAGCAAACCCACAAAGAGGAGAGAAAACCCAUCGUGUGUUAUAGGAAGACCCCUUAAUUUCAAAUUGUGUGAAAUCUUGGCAUGGAAGGGUCGUUCAUCUCUAACGUAAGGCCCUACCUAUGGGAUUCAGGAAAUGUAGUUUACAUUUGGUGUGGGAACUUGGACAACUGGUCGCAAGCUGGCCGCUUCUCGGUGACACAACAGCUCCAUCUAGUGGAAAUCUAAGGAAUUAAAAUAACAUUUACAUUAUAUUACAAUCGAGAUAUAUCAUGCAUGACACACGGGUGCAGCUAAAAAUACAAUAUCUUUGAAAAGUGAUUUAUUUCAGUAGUUCAAUUCAAAAGUGUGACAAAUAUUUCAAGAAUACACUUAAUCACGUUGAUGAUUAUAACUUACAGCUAAUAAAACAAAUCAGUAUCAUAAAAUGUGAAAAAUUGUCAAAUGGCUCAAUAUUGUAAACCACUCAGCAAAUGCAGAAACCUCUAUUGGUCUUAAAUGAACUCUUGAAAUCAAAUAACUUUUGCACAAUAUUCGAAUUUGUUGAGAUGCGCCUGUUUGAACAGGGUUACACAUCACUUUAUGUUUUCCUUACAAGCAAUGGAAAAAAAAACAUUGACAGACAUCAGUGAUACCUCAUUGGAAAAUAAGCACUUUGUAAGAAAACUGUACAAACUCUUUCUCGAGAGGAUAAACUGGAACUUUGAUGUGCUUUAAAAAUGUAAUACUGACAAAAACAGGUGACAUAUCUUGUAUUCUUGUAUGUUGUCCACAGAACUUGUGAGGAACUUUGAAGCCUGUUUACUGUUGUAUCUUUUGCACUUGAUUAAAAACUGUCCAGAACAUGCUUGGAAGUAAAAGCUGUGUGCGUUUGCCACUGAAGUAAUACUGAACAAACACAACAGUGGCAAUGAAAUGACACCUCGUACUGGCGUUUGUCAUUUCCCCCUUUUUUUCAAAU